UAACUGGUGGGCGUUCCUUUUUUGAACAGUGCCCAUACCCUUGAUGUCUGCAGUGUCACCUUUCUUGUAGAUUCACACGUAUGGGUCCAGAUGAAGCUCUAGAGAAAACACAGCAGACUUGAAUACAGUGAUCAUGUAAAUUAGAGAAAAGAGCUAAAAAUAACUCUGGAUAUACUUCUCAUGCGAUACUUAUUCUGAAUGAAGCAUUAAGGUCGCUAAUAGAGGUGUAUUGCUUGUCUGAUGGUUCCUGUUUUUCACAUCCUCACCUGCACUGGGUGGUGUCACUGUUCUAGAUGGCCAUUCUUAUAAAGGCAAUUUGCUGCUGGUAGUGUGUUUCCCUUCCAAAAGGCAAUAACUUCAAGUUCUUGUGGUGGAUAUAGAUUUCUGCUGCACAGAAAUAACAGUUUCAGAUUCCUUCUCUACGAGAACAUGGAAAAUUAGAAUGAGAGUCACAGACACCAUAAACAAAAGUAGCUCAAACAAUCCAUUCUAAGGCUGCUGACGGCAUUUCAUUCUUUUGGCUUCUAGAUUCCUUGCCAAGCAAGAGUGUUUCUUAAGAAGAGCUGCUUCCUAAGACGGCGAAGUGGCCACAGCUCUCCUUGCUGGUGGAGCCAAAGGGCACCGGACCCUGAGUUGGUUGGCAGCUGGACUAUCUGGACAGGAGCGGUCUCCCGGGAAGACACAGCAAAGUCCUUAGGUAGAAAGAUGGCUCUGCUGAGAUGAGCUCUUAAUUAAUGCACUGAGAGCUUAUGAGUCCCACCUCUCAACAGGAAUGAUUGACGUCCAAGGAUACAUAAAUUACACUAAUUGAGCUCUGCCUCUACAUAGGCUUUCUGCAGCCAACUCAUCAGAGAAGCUAGGUGCGGGCCACCACCAGGAUCUUCGCUUAGCAUCUCCAUGAGCAAACUGCCACACACUUGAGAGAGAAAACACCUUUUGGGGAUCUUGCUCUUGGAAGAGAAAAAAAAAGCAACUUAGAAUUUCCGUGUAAGCAAAACAACUGAAGACCUCCUUCAAGAAGAAGAGAAGAGAAGAGAGGCCAAUGAGAGUUGAACCCUGAGCAGACUGUACCAACCAGGGCUGAUGAGCACACAGAGGAAUGAAGUAUGGAUGUGAAGGAACGUAGGCCUUACUGCUCCCUCACCAAAAGCAGACGGGAAAAAGAGCGGCGGUAUACAAAUUCCUCAGCAGACAAUGAGGAAUGCAGAGUCCCUACGCAGAAGUCUUACAGUUCCAGCGAAACCUUGAAAGCUUUUGAUCAUGAUUCCUCACGGCUGCUUUAUGGAAACAGAGUAAAGGAUUUGGUUCACAGAGAAGCAGACGAGUACACCAGACAAGGACAGAAUUUUACCCUAAGGCAGUUAGGAGUUUGUGAACCAGCAAAUCGAAGAGGACUGGCAUUUUGUGCGGAAAUGGGGCUUCCCCACAGAGGUUACUCUAUCAGUGCAGGGUCAGAUGCUGACACUGAAAAUGAAGCAGUGAUGUCCCCAGAGCAUGCCAUGAGACUGUGGGGCAGGGGGGUCAAAUCGGGCCGCAGCUCCUGCCUGUCCAGUCGGUCCAACUCGGCCCUCACCCUGACAGACACGGAGCAUGAGAACAAGUCGGACAGUGAGAGCGAGCAACCUGCAAACAAUCAAGGCCAGUCCGCCCUGCAGCCUCUGCCACCCUCCCAUAAGCAGCACUCCGCACAGCAUCAUCCAUCCAUCACUUCUCUCAAUAGAAACUCCCUGACCAACAGAAGGAGCCAGAGUCCGGCCCCGCCGGCUGCUUUGCCCGCCGAGCUGCAAACCACACCCGAGUCCGUCCAGCUGCAGGACAGCUGGGUCCUUGGCAGUAAUGUACCACUGGAAAGCAGGCAUUUCCUAUUCAAAACAGGAACAGGGACGACGCCGCUGUUCAGUACUGCAACCCCAGGAUACACGAUGGCAUCUGGCUCUGUCUACUCGCCGCAUACUCGGCCACUCCCUAGAAACACCCUAUCAAGAAGCGCUUUUAAAUUCAAGAAAUCUUCCAAGUACUGUAGCUGGAAAUGCACCGCGCUGUGCGCCGUAGGGGUGUCCGUGCUCCUGGCAAUACUCCUCUCCUAUUUUAUAGCAAUGCAUCUCUUUGGCCUCAACUGGCAGUUACAGCAGAGUGAAAAUGAUACAUUUGAGAAUGGAAAAGUGAAUUCUGAUACCAUGCCAACCAACACUGUGUCAUUGCCUUCUGGCGACAACGGAAAAUUAGGUGGAUUUACACAAGAAAAUAACACCAUAGAUUCUGGAGAACUUGAUAUUGGCCGAAGAGCAAUUCAAGAGAUUCCUCCCGGGAUCUUCUGGAGAUCACAGCUCUUUAUUGAUCAGCCACAGUUUCUUAAAUUCAAUAUCUCUCUUCAGAAGGAUGCAUUGAUUGGAGUAUACGGCCGAAAAGGCUUACCACCUUCCCAUACUCAGUACGACUUUGUCGAGCUCCUGGAUGGCAGCAGGCUGAUCGCAAGAGAGCAGCGGAACCUGCUGGAAGCCGAGAGAGCAGGGCGGCAGGCGAGGUCCGUCAGCCUGCACGAGGCCGGCUUCAUCCAGUACUUGGACUCUGGAAUCUGGCAUCUGGCUUUUUAUAACGAUGGGAAAAAUGCGGAGCAGGUGUCUUUUAAUACCAUUGUGAUAGAGUCAGUGGUAGAAUGCCCCCGAAAUUGCCAUGGGAAUGGAGAGUGUGUUUCUGGAACUUGCCAUUGCUUUCCAGGAUUUCUAGGUCCGGAUUGUUCAAGAGCGGCCUGCCCGGUGCUGUGCAGCGGCAACGGCCAGUACUCCAAAGGCCGCUGCCUCUGUUUCAGCGGCUGGAAGGGCACCGAGUGUGACGUGCCCACCACCCAGUGCAUCGACCCCCAGUGCGGGGGGCGUGGGAUCUGCAUCAUGGGCUCUUGUGCUUGCAACUCGGGAUACAAAGGAGAAAACUGCGAAGAAGCGGACUGUCUCGAUCCCGGAUGUUCAAAUCACGGCGUGUGUAUCCACGGGGAAUGCCACUGCAGCCCCGGAUGGGGCGGCAACAAUUGUGAAAUCCUCAAGACCAUGUGUCCCGACCAGUGCUCUGGCCACGGCACGUACCUCCAAGAAAGUGGCUCCUGUACCUGUGACCCCAACUGGACCGGCCCAGACUGCUCCAAUGAAAUCUGUUCCGUGGACUGCGGCUCACAUGGCGUUUGCAUGGGGGGCACGUGUCGCUGUGAGGAAGGCUGGACGGGCCCGGCGUGUAACCAGAGAGCCUGCCACCCGCGCUGCGCGGAGCACGGCACCUGCAGGGACGGCAAGUGUGAAUGCAGCCAGGGCUGGAACGGAGAGCACUGCACGAUCGAGGGCUGUCCCGGUCUGUGCAACAGCAAUGGAAGGUGUACCCUGGACCAAAACGGCUGGCAUUGUGUUUGCCAGCCCGGCUGGAGAGGCGCGGGAUGUGACGUAGCCAUGGAGACCCUCUGCACGGACAGCAAAGACAAUGAAGGAGAUGGACUCACUGACUGCAUGGACCCUGAUUGCUGUUUGCAAAGCUCCUGCCAAAAUCAACCCUACUGUCGCGGGUUGCCUGACCCUCAGGAUAUCAUCAGCCAGAGUUUACAGUCACCAUCUCAGCAAGCUGCCAAAUCCUUCUACGAUCGAAUCAGCUUUCUUAUAGGAUCUGAUAGCACCCAUGUUAUACCUGGAGAAAGUCCUUUCAAUAAGAGUCUUGCAUCCGUCAUCAGAGGCCAAGUACUCACUGCUGAUGGAACGCCACUCAUCGGUGUCAAUGUCUCAUUUUUCCAUUACCCGGAAUAUGGCUACACCAUUACCCGCCAGGAUGGAAUGUUUGACUUGGUGGCAAAUGGGGGAGCUUCUCUGACCUUGGUGUUUGAGAGAUCCCCAUUCCUCACUCAGUAUCAUACGGUGUGGAUUCCCUGGAAUGUGUUUUAUGUGAUGGACACCCUAGUCAUGAAGAAAGAAGAGAAUGACAUUCCCAGCUGUGACCUGAGUGGAUUUGUGAGGCCAAAUCCUAUCAUUGUGUCAUCACCUUUAUCUACCUUUUUCAGAUCUUCCCCUGAAGACAGUCCCAUUAUUCCUGAAACACAGGUGCUCCACGAAGAAACCACGAUUCCAGGAACAGACUUGAAACUUUCCUACUUGAGCUCCAGGGCUGCAGGCUAUAAGUCUGUCCUCAAGAUCACCAUGACCCAGUCGGUGAUACCGUUUAACUUAAUGAAGGUUCACCUCAUGGUUGCUGUGGUAGGAAGACUCUUCCAGAAGUGGUUUCCCGCCUCCCCGAACUUGGCCUACACUUUCAUAUGGGAUAAAACAGAUGCGUAUAAUCAGAAGGUGUAUGGUCUGUCUGAAGCUGUUGUGUCCGUCGGAUACGAGUAUGAGUCGUGUUUGGACCUGACCCUGUGGGAAAAGAGGACCGCCAUUUUGCAAGGCUAUGAACUGGAUGCAUCCAACAUGGGUGGUUGGACUUUAGAUAAACAUCAUGUUCUGGAUGUUCAGAACGGAAUCCUGUACAAAGGAAAUGGGGAGAAUCAGUUCAUCUCCCAACAACCUCCCGUGGUCAGCAGCAUCAUGGGCAAUGGACGCAGGCGCAGUAUCUCGUGCCCCAGUUGCAAUGGCCAGGCUGAUGGUAAUAAACUCUUGGCCCCGGUCGCGUUAGCUUGUGGCAUCGAUGGCAGCCUGUACGUAGGGGAUUUCAACUAUGUUCGGCGCAUAUUCCCUUCUGGAAAUGUAACCAGCGUUUUAGAACUAAGCAGCAACCCAGCCCACAGAUACUACCUUGCAACUGACCCAGUCACAGGAGAUCUGUAUGUUUCUGACACGAACACCCGCAGGAUUUAUCGCCCAAAGUCACUGACGGGUGCAAAAGACUUAACCAAAAAUGCCGAAGUGAUUGCGGGGACCGGGGAGCAGUGCCUUCCAUUUGAUGAAGCCAGAUGUGGGGACGGAGGGAAGGCAGUGGAAGCAACGCUCAUGAGUCCCAAAGGAAUGGCGAUUGAUAAGAAUGGAUUAAUCUACUUUGUGGAUGGCACCAUGAUCAGGAAAGUCGAUCAGAAUGGAAUCAUAUCGACUCUCUUGGGCUCCAACGACCUGACCUCAGCCCGACCUUUGACCUGCGACACCAGCAUGCACAUCAGCCAGGUGCGUCUGGAGUGGCCCACUGACCUGGCCAUUAACCCGAUGGAUAACUCCAUUUACGUCCUGGAUAAUAAUGUGGUUUUACAGAUCACUGAAAACCGCCAGGUCCGCGUCGCUGCUGGCCGGCCCAUGCACUGCCAGGUGCCAGGGGUGGAAUAUUCCGUGGGGAAGCACGCGGUUCAGACCACCCUGGAAUCAGCCACUGCCAUCGCGGUGUCCUACAGCGGGGUCCUGUACAUCACGGAGACCGAUGAAAAGAAAAUAAACCGCAUAAGGCAGGUGACCACCGACGGGGAGAUCUCCCUGGUGGCGGGGAUACCCUCGGAGUGUGACUGCAAGAACGAUGCCAACUGUGACUGCUACCAGACCGGAGACGGCUAUGCCAAAGAUGCCAAGCUGAACGCCCCGUCCUCCCUGGCCGCCUCUCCUGACGGGACGCUGUACAUCGCGGACCUGGGAAAUAUCCGCAUCCGGGCCGUGUCCAAGAACAAGCCUCUGCUGAGCUCGAUGAACUUCUAUGAAGUGGCCUCUCCGACGGACCAGGAGCUCUAUAUCUUUGACAUCAACGGCACUCACCAGUACACGGUGAGCCUGGUGACCGGGGACUACCUGUACAACUUCAGCUACAGCAAUGACAACGACAUCACAGCCGUGACAGACAGCAACGGCAACACCCUUCGGAUUCGGCGGGACCCGAAUCGGAUGCCAGUCCGGGUGGUGUCUCCAGAUAACCAAGUGAUAUGGUUGACCAUUGGCACCAAUGGAUGUCUGAAAAGUAUGACGGCCCAGGGCCUCGAGUUAGUUUUGUUCACUUACCACGGCAACAGCGGCCUGUUAGCCACUAAAAGUGAUGAAACUGGAUGGACCACCUUUUUUGACUAUGACAGUGAAGGUCGCCUCACAAAUGUCACCUUCCCCACUGGAGUGGUGACAAAUCUUCAUGGGGACAUGGACAAGGCCAUCACGGUGGACAUCGAGUCAUCCAGCCGAGAAGAGGACGUCAGCAUCACUUCAAAUCUGUCCUCAAUCGAUUCUUUCUACACCAUGGUGCAAGAUCAGUUAAGAAACAGCUACCAGAUUGGUUUUGAUGGCUCCCUGAGGAUCAUCUAUGCCAGUGGCCUGGAUUCUCACUACCAGACAGAGCCCCAUGUCCUGGCUGGCACUGCCAACCCAACAGUCGCCAAGAGGAACAUGACACUACCUGGUGAGAAUGGUCAAAAUUUGGUGGAAUGGAGAUUCCGGAAAGAGCAAGCCCAGGGCAAAGUCAAUGUCUUCGGCCGAAAGCUGCGGGUGAACGGCAGAAACCUCCUUUCGGUUGACUUUGAUCGAACGACAAAGACGGAGAAAAUCUACGACGACCACCGCAAGUUCCUGCUGAGGAUCGCCUACGACACGUCGGGGCACCCCACGCUCUGGCUGCCCAGCAGCAAGCUGAUGGCCGUCAAUGUCACCUACUCGUCCACCGGUCAGAUCGGCAGCAUCCAGCGGGGAACCACCAGCGAGAAAGUGGAUUAUGACAGCCAGGGGAGGAUUGUGUCUCGCGUCUUCGCUGAUGGUAAAACCUGGAGUUACACGUACUUAGAAAAGUCCAUGGUGCUCCUGCUCCACAGCCAGCGGCAGUACAUCUUCGAGUACGACAUGUGGGACCGGCUGUCGGCCAUCACCAUGCCCAGCGUGGCCCGCCACACCAUGCAGACCAUCCGCUCGGUCGGCUACUACCGAAACAUCUACAACCCCCCGGAGAGCAACGCCUCGGUCAUCACCGACUACAACGAGGAGGGGCUGCUCCUGCAGACGGCGUUCUUGGGGACCAGCCGCAGGGUCUUGUUCAAAUACAGAAGGCAGACCCGGCUCUCCGAGAUCCUGUACGACAGCACCCGGGUCAGCUUCACCUACGACGAGACGGCGGGCGUCCUGAAAACCGUGAACCUGCAGAGCGAUGGCUUCAUCUGCACCAUCCGCUACCGGCAGAUCGGGCCCCUGAUCGACAGGCAGAUUUUCCGCUUCAGCGAGGACGGGAUGGUGAACGCCAGGUUCGACUACAGCUACGACAACAGCUUCCGAGUGACCAGCAUGCAGGGCGUCAUCAACGAAACGCCGCUGCCCAUCGACCUCUACCAGUUCGAUGACAUCUCGGGCAAGGUCGAGCAGUUUGGCAAGUUUGGCGUCAUCUACUAUGACAUCAACCAGAUCAUCUCCACCGCCGUGAUGACAUACACCAAGCACUUUGAUGCCCACGGCCGCAUCAAGGAGAUCCAGUACGAGAUCUUCAGGUCACUCAUGUACUGGAUUACAAUUCAAUACGACAACAUGGGCAGGGUGACCAAGAGGGAGAUUAAAAUAGGGCCCUUUGCCAACACCACCAAGUAUGGCUACGAGUAUGACGUGGACGGCCAGCUGCAGACCGUCUAUCUGAAUGAGAAGAUCAUGUGGCGUUACAACUACGACCUGAACGGGAACCUUCACCUGCUGAACCCCAGCAACAGCGCGCGCCUGACACCCCUGCGCUACGACCUUCGGGACAGAAUCACGCGGCUGGGCGACGUCCAGUACCGGCUGGACGAGGACGGCUUCCUGCGGCAGCGGGGCACGGAGAUCUUCGAGUACAGCUCCAAGGGGCUGCUCACCCGCGUCUACAGCAAAGGCAGCGGCUGGACUGUCAUCUACCGAUAUGACGGGCUGGGCAGGCGCGUGUCCAGCAAGACCAGUCUGGGCCAGCAUCUGCAGUUUUUCUAUGCCGACCUCACUUACCCCACCAGGAUUACGCACGUCUACAACCACUCCAGCUCAGAAAUCACCUCUCUCUAUUACGAUCUCCAAGGACACCUUUUUGCCAUGGAAAUCAGCAGUGGGGACGAAUUCUACAUCGCCUGCGAUAACACGGGGACGCCGCUGGCCGUGUUCAGUAGCAACGGGCUUAUGCUCAAGCAGAUUCAGUACACCGCCUACGGGGAGAUCUAUUUUGACUCCAAUAUCGACUUUCAGCUGGUCAUUGGCUUCCACGGGGGCUUAUACGACCCGCUCACAAAAUUAAUCCACUUUGGAGAAAGAGAUUAUGACAUUCUGGCAGGACGAUGGACUACGCCUGACAUAGAAAUCUGGAAAAGAAUCGGGAAGGACCCAGCUCCUUUCAACCUGUAUAUGUUUAGGAAUAACAACCCCGCAAGCAAGAUCCACGAUGUGAAAGACUACAUCACAGAUGUUAACAGCUGGCUGGUGACAUUUGGCUUCCAUCUGCACAAUGCUAUUCCUGGAUUCCCUGUUCCCAAAUUUGAUUUAACGGAGCCUUCAUACGAGCUAGUGAAGAGUCAGCAGUGGGAUGAUGUGCCGCCCAUCUUCGGAGUCCAGCAACAAGUGGCGCGGCAGGCCAAGGCCUUCCUGUCCCUGGGGAAGAUGGCCGAGGUCCAGGUGAGCCGGCGCCGGGGCGGUGGCGCGCAGUCGUGGCUGUGGUUCGCCACGGUCAAGUCGCUGAUCGGCAAGGGCGUGAUGCUGGCGGUGAGCCAGGGCCGCGUGCAGACCAACGUGCUCAACAUCGCCAACGAGGACUGCAUCAAGGUGGCCGCCGUGCUCAACAACGCCUUCUACCUGGAGAACCUGCACUUCACCAUCGAGGGGAAGGACACGCACUACUUCAUCAAGACCACCACGCCCGAGAGCGACCUGGGCACGCUGCGGCUGACCAGCGGCCGCAAGGCCCUGGAGAACGGCAUCAACGUGACCGUGUCGCAGUCCACCACGGUGGUCAACGGCAGGACUCGCAGGUUCGCCGACGUGGAGAUGCAGUUCGGGGCGCUGGCGCUGCACGUGCGCUACGGCAUGACCCUGGACGAGGAGAAGGCGCGCAUCCUGGAGCAGGCGCGCCAGCGCGCGCUCGCCCGGGCCUGGGCGCGCGAGCAGCAGCGGGUGCGGGAUGGCGAGGAGGGCGCGCGCCUCUGGACGGAGGGCGAGAAGAGGCAGCUGCUGAGCGCCGGCAAGGUGCAGGGCUACGAUGGGUACUACGUACUCUCGGUGGAGCAGUACCCCGAGCUGGCCGACAGCGCCAACAACAUCCAGUUCCUCCGACAAAGCGAGAUCGGCAAGAGGUAACCCCCUGCACCCCCCAGGCUGCCGGAGGCGCGGCCA